AUGCAGGAACAUGUUGAACGAAUUAAGAAAGGUGGAAAAUUAGUAAAGUUAUUGGAGGAAAAUUUCGAAGAAAACAUCCCGGAAUUAAUUAUUGUAUUUCUUGCUCGAAAAAGUCCUACAGAUGAUUCGGAAUUUUUUCUAGAGGAACUAGUUAAAGUUUUGAACAAAGAACCUUGGCCUCUUUUGGAAAGGAUUCUGCUUACGCUACUAUGGAAUGACAUCAUGAAACCACCCACUAUGUUUGCUGGUUACAGCUAUCGUAGUUUUGAUGGUUCUGACUAUAGCAGACUCAGACUUGAUUCCUCUACACUUGGAAUGGCUGGUACUCAAUAUGCACGUUCAGCCCGCAUUCAGAACCUUCCUAGCCAAACUCCCCCCACAGCGGAAGCAAUAUUUGAUAGUAUAUUGGAGCGUAGUACAUUUAAGGCGCACCCUUCUGGUAUCAGUGCAACGUUGUUCUAUCUGGCUACGAUUAUUACACAUGAUUUAUUCAAUACCGAUCCUAGAGACCCCACUAUCAACCGUAAUUCCUCAUAUAUCGACCUUACUCCACUGUACGGAAAUAGUAAAAUUAAUGAAAGGCAACAACCCGUUCGUACCUUUAAAGAUGGUCUUUUGAAACCAGAUACAUUUGCUGACUCACGAAUCCUGUUACAACCACCCGGUGUAGGUGCUAUGUUGAUCCUUUUUUCACGGAAUCAUAAUUAUAUUGCAGGCGAACUUCUUAAAAAAAAUCCAGAUCGAUUCAAUAAUUCGGACGAAGAUCUCUUUCAAACUGCGCGAUUAAUUAAUUGUGGAUAUUUACUGAAAAUUGUUCUCUUAAAUUACGUUCGUACUAUCCUUGGUGUUGAUACAACUAAAUCUUCAUGGUACCUUGAUCCAACAAAGCCAUACGAAAAAUCCUGGUUGCUUCCAGAACUACCUACUGGGGUUGGAAACCAAGUAUCCUUGGAGUUCAACUUUAUCUACCGAUGGCACCCGGCUAUCGCAGAGAAAGAUGCGGAAUGGGCCGAGGAUGAGUUUAAACGUUUAGGAAUAACUCCAGAAAGUACUAUUGAUGAAUUCAAGGAGAAGGUAAGAAACUGGGCAACUACACUGAACGAAGAUCCAUCCAAAUGGACUUUUAAUGGGAUGACACGAGAUGAAGAAGGCAAGUUUCCAAAUAAUAAAAUCGCAAAAGAGAUCAUCAAUGGAACAGAAAAGGUUGCUGGUGCUUUCGGAGCAAAUGGUAUUCCUAGGAUUCUCCGUGUCAUAGAAGUUUACGGUAUUGAAUCGGCCAGAACUUUAGGAGUAUGUAGUCUCAACGAUUUUCGUCGGUUCCUGAAAUUGAAACCUUACGAUUCAAUUGAGGACAUGAUGGGCAAUCCUAGUGAUCUUACUGUCGUAAAUAAACUUAAAAGUCUUUACGGUGGUUCUAUUGAGAAUGUCGAGUUGUACCCUGGUCUCAUGUCAGAAAAGACCAAACCUGGUGCAAAUAUCGGUUCAAUGAUCGCACUUCCGUAUACCGUUAGCCGUGCUAUUCUGUCAGAUGCAGUUAAUCUCGUGCGCAAUGAUCGCUUCUGUACGGAUGACUUUAACCAACAUAAUUUGGCAUAUUGGGACUGGAAUAUAUUAGAAAAUCCAGAAAGUAAAAAGUUGGCAUCCGGGGGCGUUAUACAUCAACUCAUCUUAAAACACCUCCCUGGUAUUUAUAGUAAUAAUUCGAGUUGGGCUUUAUAUCCAUUCGUUACAUCCUCGAACAUCAGAAAUUACCUGAAAGAUCGUGAUGAUUUGGUAGGCCUCAAUUAUACUAAACCACAAGAUUAA